AAUUUAUGUAUGGUUCACCUCUUGCCCAAUACCUACACAACUUUUCCAAUCUUCUCUCUCCUCCGCCCCCCUAUAAAUCAAAACGCCACCGUCUUAAUCCCCCCUCCUUUCCCCUCCUGCACUUCAUCUCCCUCACCUGUUCAUAAAUUUAGCUUAACAAAAAUACUUAUUAUUCAUAGCUGUACAGUCUAAUUAGCAGUUACUAAGGUCUUGUGUUUUUUUUAAGAGGAGAAUAUGAAUCAGUGUGCAAUUCAGACCAGUGUUUUUUCGACCCGGGAAGAGUUACGGAGCUCCGUUUCUGGUACCAUGUCGGAAUGGAGAGAUCCGGUGGUUUGUCCUAAACCGAGACGUCUUGGAAUAUUUAAUUCCUCGUGUAUUAAUGAUAACCAUCCUGUCAGGUCUCUCAGAUGGCAUCUCAGCCAUCAAGCAGAGAUUUGUGAGGCUAAAGCAGGAAAUGAUCUCUUGGACAUCAUUCUUACAAAGGGUGGUUGUUAUGGUGUGGAGCAAUCAUGUACACAAGUAGCCUCGUCGCCGCCCCCUUUUUUCAGCGGGUCGCCGCCGAGCAGAGUAGCUAACCCAUUAAUUCAAGAUGCUAGAUUCAGGGAUGAGGAACUCUCCCCUAUAUCUACACUUAUGCCUAUGAUGCCAGUUCAGCCCCAGUCGUCAUCAUCUCCGAGUUCCUCAGGUAGGAAAGGCGGCUGCGUUAGGGCAAAUUUUGGAAACAAACCAGCUGUUAGAGUUGAGGGGUUUGAUUGUCUCGAUAGGGAUCGCCGGAAUUGUAGUAUUCCGGCUUUGGCUUAAAGAGAUGAACCAAAUCCCCCGAUUGAGAGUUUAAACACAUAAAAAGGAGUACAUAGUUAAGAGUAAAAAGUGAGGAAUUUUGAAAUUCUCAUGAGAGGGAAACAAAAGUAAAACUUAAGGGAUCUUUUGUUAGUGUGUAUAUAUAUAUGUUCAAAGGCUCUCUUUGUAUGUAAGUAAUCAUGUUGUCUUUGUAAGUGAGCGAGUAAGUGAGUUGAGUUGUUAACAAAAAUAAUAGAGUUUGAUUAGGGAAAAGAAAUCAAAACGGGUCGUCUCAUACGAGGUAUAAGAUGACCGGUUCGAUAGAGUUGAGACUCGUAGGAUUUAGGGUUUGUUAUGAGAAAUUUAAUGUGAGUUCUUACACAAAUCCUAAGUCAUUGUAAGUAAAUGAGUCUCAUUUGGGAAUUUUUUUUUUUUACAUCCUUUGAGCGGCUUAUGAAGGGGAAAUUUGUACAAAAAAAUGUUCAAAGUUGUGAUCCGAGUCUUUGUAAUCAUCGACGAUGGUAAUGUAAAUAUUUACCCUUUUUUCUUGGAAAUGGAAUGAUUCUAUUUCCUAUUA